UAAAUAGUUUUGCUCAUGUCCGUCUGGAUGGUUUCAGGUUCUGAUGUCAGAGUUGCAGUAGCCUCUGGGUACAGAGUGAUGUGCUGUAGGUGACAGUCUGCUUGCACCAUGGACGGGGAAGAGGAUACUGGUGAGGAAGCCGUUCUGCAUAGGCAGCAACGGAAGGAGAAAAAAGAUCUGCAGGCAAAAAUUCAGAGCAUGAAAAAUGCUGUGCCAAAAAAUGACAAAAAAAGAAGAAAACAGUUGACUGAAGAUAUUACUAGGAUGGAAUCUGAAAUGGAAGAGAAACACAAACAAGAACUGCAGUUACUGUCACAGAACCAAGUAAAGACAGAGGAUGAAGGUAUAGUAAAUGGUGUAAACAGUUUGGAUUUGGGAAGCGAACUGCCAGUGCAGCAACAACGGAUAUCCAAAGCCCAAAAGAGGCGGGAAAAAAAGGCGGUAUUGGAGAAGGAAAGGGACGAGAGGAUCGCUGAGGCUGAAAUAGAGAACUUAUCAGGUGCCAGGCACCUUGAAGGACAAAAACUUGCUGGUAUUUUGGGAGAGCGAGAGCUGCAGAUUAAGCAGAUACCCUCUGAUGGUCACUGCAUGUACAGAGCUAUUGAACACCAGCUGAGAGAGCGAGAUAAUGGUUUCUCCCUUGCAAAUCUCAGAAGCCAAACUGCAGACUACAUGCAAAUUCACGUUGAUGAAUUUCUUCCGUUCUUAACAAAUUCCUCUACAGGAGAAAUGUAUUCACAAGAAGAGUUUGAAAAGUACUGCACUGAUAUUGCAAACACAGCAUCAUGGGGUGGUCAAUUAGAGCUUCGAGCAUUGUCACACGUAUUGAAGACCCCUAUUGAGGUAAUUCAAGCUGAUUCUCCGCCUAUCAUUAUUGGUGAAGAAUACUCAAGCAAACCGAUAACACUAAUAUACAUGCGACAUGCUUAUGGAUUGGGAGAGCAUUAUAAUUCCGUGGAACCACUGAAGGUCACAUCUUCGGAUAGCUAACUAUCUUAUUGUUUUGGAAGUGUACUGGGCAUAAUUUUUAAUAUGAAGAUUAUCAUUUGUCAGUUUGUAAUGUAAUGCAUUUCCAUUUCGUCUGUGAAAUCAAACAUUUACAUUAGUGUUUAACAUUACAUGUAGUAUAUUAAAUGUGAUUUGUGCUG